UGAAAAUGUAAUUCUGUGUGGCCCCGCUGCUGGUGACGAGGAAAGAGUCAGUAGGUAAGUGUUUGUUAUGUAAGGAAAAAUUUAACGGUAAAUUGUUAUGAAAUAGUGUGAAAUCCUUUCACUGUUUCUUGGCGCGUGUGAGGGACUAGCUAUAGAACGUGUGGACGUGCGAAGGCGUGCAUGUGACGAAGUAAAUAACUUUUUAACGCCUGCUUUGUCCUGGACAACAACAAAUUUCCAGUACUUUUCUAAAUUCCCAGUUUUGCUGAAAUUGGAUAACCACUAGGUAUGAUUAAGAGCGGUAUCGAUCUAGAUUAGCUAGGCAAAUCAAUGAAAAGGAACUAGGAACGCUAUCAGUUUUCUUCUCUUUAGAAGCUUGAUAAUUUUUUAUGCUCUUUCACGAAAGUGAAAAUGUGAUAGAACUCGGAAGGAAGUAGUGGGUUCUUACCCCUACUCGUCCUUAGACUCUUUGUAAAUUGGCGGUAUCAAAUUUAUAAGAGUCACGUUUCCGUGUCACAAUCAAGUGUAAAAUAAUCCACAGAUCAUACUAAUUGGUCACCGUAAUAAUAUGAAUUAAAUAAGCGUAGUAAAAGUUGUAGAAAAUGAGCAAACGAAGAUCUGUUCUCAACUUCGGGGUUUUUCUAUUAGCCAAGUUUGCUGGGCUGGCUUAGCUCACCUAAAACCACAUUAGUAUUUUUGUGUUACAUGUAAAAGAAUUCAAUGUGAGCAGACACAUGCCAUGCUCACACUAAUUAGGCCUUUUUACUAGAACUUCUUCCCUCAUACCCCCCAAACAAUUAUGUUCAUAGAAAAGGCCAUUUUACAGUUGUGUACUGAGUAUCCAAAUCUCAAGUGAAAGUGAACCUUGUUUUGAUAGAAGUAACACUGCUCUUUCAAAAUAAUGUAAAUAAGAUUAUCUAAACAAUAAAAGACUAUCAAAGGACACAAAGGCUACAAUCAUCGUCAAAAGUGUUGGGAAGGUUGCCUUUUUUACCUCUUCUUUUCCUUCCUCCCCCCGCCCCUGGCCCAAUGUUGAUCAAAACGUUAAUGUUUGUCCGCGUAAUUGUUCUGUUAUAUCCCAACAUUGAACAGGGGGGACGGGGGAUAUUUAGCAAAAGAGAAAACUCUCUUUUUUCAGGAUUAAAAUAGACUACUGUUAAGUUGUACAGCCUUCCCAACUACUUUUGUCUUUGAUUGUAGUUUGCUCAGCAUUCUUACCAAAGCUGACCACUUACAGGGUAGGACCUUUUUAUAUCAGGUGAACCAGCCCAGCUGUUAGCUAGGCUGGCCUGCUUGGUUUACUGGGCUGGCUCGGCUUAUGCUAUGUUUCCUUAUAAAAUUUUUGUUGUGUUUUUAUGAAAAGGUGGGCUGGCUGAGAUCCCUGUUGUUUAUGCUGAGAUCUCGACGAACAGGCCAACCCACCUCCUCAUAUAAACACAAGGAAAAUUGUAGAGAAAACACGGGUACAAGCCAUGAGCCGAGCCAGCCCAGUAAAAUGGACCAGCAUAUCUAACCAGGCUCAUGUUCACCUCAUAUAAACGGGCCUUUAUUCACCUUAUGACUGGUCCCUCAGGAAAGGAGUUAAUUUUGUAUGAGAUUCAGGAUACAAAGAGAGUCGGUUUUACGGCUUGCCAUUUGGGCAAGUUGUUGCUAGUAUGUACUAGCCCAAGAGUCUUUUAAGUAGCCCCAAAAAAAUUUUUGAUGAGCAGCGGUGAUUAUACACUUCUUCUGUAAAUUUGAAUUUCCCUAAAAACUUCGCUUGCCCUUCAGGCAAGUUAAAACAGAAUUUACUUGCCCGAUUGCAAAAUCCACUAGCCCAGGCUAUCAGACAUGACUUUCUUUUUAAUUGCACGCUUUAUAAGAUUCUUGAAAAACAAAAUCAGUUAUCUCCCUGAACAGCCAUUAAAACUAAGACCCAGUAUCCACAUACAAAUACUCCAGAUUGAUCUCCAUACGUUUCCUUCAAGAAUUAGAUGAGGGAACAGUUUGAUAAAAGAUCAAAGCAUUUCCCUCUGUGGGAUCAUUUUGUUAACCGUCAUAACCUUUACUUGUGAUUGUGUAUAUUUACUGUUAGAAGAAAACGGAUGUUGGUCACUUCUGGGGUUUAAAGGGUUAAUAUUACCUCAUAACUGUCAUAUUGCUAUGUAACCCACAGGGUAAACUUCACCAAUGAUGUUAAAUUGUUGACACUGAGUGACCAUGUCAAAAGGAAAUGAUUCCCUAAUAAAAAGUUCCUUAGCCUACACAGGCUGCUUCAAGACUUUCAAUACUGCCUCAUGUGUGAGGUAAGUAAAACUCAAAGGCUUGAUCUUUUGGGUAAAUUUACUCAGCAGUAGUUUUGUGGUAUACUGGGUAAUUGGAUUAAUUUGAUAAGAAAAUUCACAAGCGUAUGAUAUGGCUUUCACAGCCAGUACUCAACCAUUAGGUAAGGAUGCAUGGCUACUUUUUCCUUCUUAAUUUGUACAGGCAGCAUAAAACGUCACAUGCUGGUACUUUAAACUAGUUGUCAUUCUUUAAGUAAUAAUUAAGAUUUCAAAAACAUCAUAAUGCCUCUUCUUUGUUGAAGUUGGAGUGCUAUUUCCCUAUAAUUACUAACUGAGUUAGUGGUCAAUAUACUGUAAGUUACAGACUGAGAAGAAAAAAGUGAGGUUCUGUAACUUAUAGCUCAUACUGAGAAAUUGAGGUCAUAAGAUAUUUAUCCUAUCUCCAGGUUUAAGUGGAUAGAGGUAGAUUUAAAUUUGACCACAACAGCCAUUGAUGAUUGAUUGGUGCCAAAUCUCAAUUAACACAUUUAGGGCAUUUUAUUGGCUUCCAAAAUCAAAGCUUUGAGUUGUCCAAAAUAUUUUCUGUAGUCCCACACAUAGUCAAAAACGACAUACACAAAAAGAUUUACAAAGUUUUUCUGUCCAGAUUAUUUGUUUCCUAAAGAAACUUUUUGAUUUAGUGGUCCAUACUUCCAGUUAGAAUACCAAUCUACAAUAUUUCCGUAAUAUUAUUUUUAAGAGUGGCUCACUUACAUGUACACAUAAGCUGUUUAUUGCUGUUUUUUUAUUAAUGUGGUUUUUAAAAUUUUUCUGUAUUUCUUUCUUUGACCUAUUAGGGACAGCUGUUUAACAGUACUGGCAAUUGUAACAAUCAUUAUCUGUGCAAUUAAGGUAAUUAAUUAAAAAAAAAAGCUUGAGACUAUUUGAAGUACCUUAAAGUACCUUGAUAGUUUUGAAAACUGACUUUUAAAGAAGCCAAUAACUAAUAUAUUUUUGUUUUUGAACUCAGAUAGCGAGAAUAAAUUAAUAAUAAAUAAAUGCUUCAAAAAACAAAACAAACAAGAAAAUCUGGAAAAUAAGGUGUGGUUACACACAUCCUGGUAAAAGACAUUUCCCUUGGUAAAAUAAUAAAGCCAUGGUAAAUUUUACCUGGGUUUAGACUACUGUGGUGAUAUGUGGUUACACUGUACAUGGAUGACUUACCAAGGUAAAAAAGCCACUCUUACGGCCUCAUUUUUGCUAUUGUGGCAACAAUAACUUUUGAUAUGAGAGGAUUUUGUGUAAUUUAUGUCAAAUUUAUCCUGGUUUGUUAGUCCUGACAAUUUAGUGAAGGUAUACAGAAUUGUUUUUUUUUUUAAAUAUUUGCCUUAAAUUCCAUUGUACAGUUUUUGAAUUUCUGCCAGGAAUUGUAAAUGGCAAAUGUCAUUCCUACAUCUAGCCCAACAAACUAGAUGAAAUUUUGCCUCAGAAUUUCCCUGUUACUUUCAAAGUUAUUGAAAACCUGUCUUGAGAACAUCGAUCAUUCCCAAAAUAGCAUGAAUGAAACAUGUGAAAAGGUACAAUUUUCUUUGUCGUUUCAUUGAUUGGCUUUCUUGCCUUGGGUAUCGAAACACCCCAGCUAUUUAUCAUGUUAGAUAUCAUGGGCAGUUUCUUGGUUCUGUCGACAUAUCCAUAGAUGGAUAUUUCCAAUGGCAAAUGUAUCUCAGGAAAGUCUGUUCACACACAUCAGGCCGAAAUAUUUAAUUUCCUGUGGUAGAAGAAUCAUUUACCAGUCGCUUAAACUGUCCUUUGUUACCACACCUUUAGUUUAAUUUUGGUUCCACACAUGCCUGCAUGUUUAUAGCGUGUGCAUAUGUACGGUACCUCACUCUUAAAAUAUUGUUUUUUUGAUAAAAUAAUUAUUUUUUGUUGACUUAGCUCUACAAGCUGCAUUCUCAUCAUCAUUCCCUGAUCAAUCAGUAUAUCAUUUUCUACAGUGGAAUUUUGGAAUGUAUCCUAUGGUGAGACUGAUAUAUGACAAACAUCUAUUUUCUCCUAACGUAUCCAUACAUUGUCAAGAGAAAUGGUUACGAGAUUUAAUCAAAUGAUCACCAAAGAGAAAACGCUUUGAUCUUUUAUUAAACUCUCUCAACUUGUCUCAGACUAAGGAGAUGUAUGAAUAUCAGUCUGGAGAAUUUGUGUGUGGAUAUUGGGGCUUGAAGGGUCAAUUAGUACUAAUACAGCUGUGCACACAAAUAAACAAGCCUUGUUUUGAAAUUGUAAAUUUGCAAAGUUUUACACAUUUUAUUAAUUCCCCGUGCAGCAGGGUUGAAAAGAAUUACUGAUGCAUAAAGAGUGCAAAAGCAAGAAUUUUGUUUUCAAACAUGCAUAAGAGCUAUAAUAAUAAAUUAUAUUAUGUUAUAUCAAACAAAAUUUUUUAGAAAAUUGGCUCAGUCAUGAUGUUAAUUAUAUGUAGCACAGAUAAUUAACUUUAUUGGUCCUUCAAAGUAGUCUUUUUCCUGGAUGCAUUCUGAUGAUUUUGUUCAUAAUUAUUUUGUGUAAAAUUAGACUGUCACUUUCACCAAUAAUAUUAUUAAUGAUUUGGGUGUUUUUGUCAUUACUUUUUUGCACAAUUUUCAAAACUUUGUACAGUCGACUCUCUCCUUGUGGACACCCCGCUAUAACGGAUGCUCUGAUGAUGUGGACAGCAGCUAAAUCCCAGGCAAAAAUAAAUUACAGAUGUUUGACUGAAAUAAAAUCCCGCUAUUAAGGACUAUUGAGGACACUAACUUGAGGUUGCUACGGUGUCCACUAUAAACUAAGGGACUUGACUGUAUUUAAUCUCUAGUUUUCUCGUAGUUUUUGUAACUUUCGACUGUGUUUUACUCUCAAAAUAAUUGUUGUUUCAGUGCAAUCAACUGGUUGUAUUUGGCUGUCACUGCUGUGCACUUGGUAUCAGAGUUCAUAAAAAUUACUCAAGUAAGUUGAUAAGCUUAAGUUGAUGAGCUUUUUUUCUGCGGGUAAUUUCCAAAGCUAGACAAGAGGUAAAACUUAAGAUAAUCACAGGUUCCAGGAGUUUGCUUGGUGUGUAAUUUAUUUUUCUUUGUUUCAACAGUUUCUUAUAGUUACCAAUUUUCAUUGCCGCUUAGCUGCCAGAAUGAUAGGAUUUGAAACCGAGGAAAGGUUAAAAAGGUUUGUAUUGAUAGAUUUGUGUAUCAUACUUUAUCCAUUAUUAUUAUUGUUAUUAUUAUUAUUAUUAUUAUUAUUAUUGUAAUUAUUAUAAUCAUUAUUGAAAUAUUAUUCUACUCUUCAGAAGAUGAUUCCUUUGGUGCUUUUUCAAUAUUAUUUUUCUUACUCUUUAGGUUUGUAUUGAUAGAUUUGUAUAUCAUACUUUGUCCAUUAUUAUUAUUUUUAAAUAAUUAUUUUUGUAAUUAUUAUAAUUAUUAUGGAAAUAUUAUUGUACUCUUCAGAAGAUGAUUCCUUUGGUACUUUUUAAAUAUUAUUUUUCUUACUUGUUAGCCUUGUAAAACUGCACUUUUUGUGACUCCCCCCCCCCCCACAACCCCCACUUAUGAUUUCAUACCUGUGGUGCUGUAGUGCAAAGGAAAAUUCUAAAUCUCUAGAUUAUCCAUCUUCCUAUGCAAUGUUCAGUGUACAGUAUUAAUUGAAGUGAGACUUUUUAAAAACACUUUUAUCUUUUAGAUACUCUAACAAAGUGUUGGGAGCUGUCUUUCUCAUCCUGUUGAUUGUAGCAGUUGUUGGACUGGCAACAAUGAAGCAUGAAUACAAGGAAUGUGCAGGUACAAUAUUGUGAGUGCAGUGCAUACAGUAUAAACUAACCGUCAAUCAUUCAGGUUUGCUUUAAAAUGUGUGUAAAAUUUGAAAUGAUAAAAAUAAUUACACUUCCAAAAAAACUAACAACUUUGUUACCCAUUACCUCAUAAGGCCUGGGCCGGGUUGUUCGAAGCUGGGUUAAGAUAACCCAGGGUUAUUGCAAAUUUUGAACUCAGAUAUGAGAGCUUAAAAAGCCAAUUCAGUUGAAUUCUCUUUGCCUACAAUUUGGUGAUUACAUAUGCUGAAAGAAUAGAGAAAAUCAUCCGAGAGAGUGCUUUUGAUAAUAAGGAAAAAGAAACCCGGGUUAAAAUUUAACCCUGGGUUAGCGCUAACCUGCGUUCAAACAACUGGGCCCAGGAGUUUAAUACAAAUUUAUUAUAUAAACACUAAUGAAAUACCAAGUGAGCUUUCGUGCGAAAACUUGAUAUCUUCACGUGUGAAGAUAUCACUGUUGCUAUGGCUACAUGAUAAAUUGCACCUUUCACACCAAAAAACUAUUUAAGUAAAAUGGUUUGGUAUUUCAUUGGUGUUUAUAUAAUAAAUAGAACAUUACAUGGUUGCUUGGAGAUAUGAAAUUUCUCUUCUCAUGUUGAAAAAAAUAUUUCACCUCGCAUUGUAAAUGUUUUUCAACACUAAAGAUUGAUUGCUUCCCAUUAAUGCUGCUGAUAAUUAAUUUAAUUAUUACUCAAGCAUGACACAUGCAUAGAUUGAUUGCAUGUUUUUUUUAAUUACCACUUAGAAGAACCUGAGUGGCUGCUCUUGUCAAGCAUUGAAAUUAUUGUUGUUCAAGCCUUCAUGGUCUCGGGGGUCGUUAUCACAAGGUAAGCAAACAUGCCUCUGCAGCUGUAUCAAAGACAUCUUACAAUGCAGUAAUCUAUUAUUUACUGAUAUAUGUAAUAUCGAUCCUCAGAUCAAAACCCACCAUCCGUGAGUGAGGUUCUUUCGCAAUCACAUUGUUAAUAUACUCAAACCUCUGCUAACAGCCACCUCUCUACAAUGGCCACUUUUAUUCAUCCUGCCAGACAAAAAAAAUCCACCUUUCUAAAAACCUCUCUACAAUGGCCACUUUUUUUCGUCCCAGCGGACAAAAAAUCCAUAUAUUGACUCUUGUUGAAACCUCUCUACAACAGCCUCCUCUUUGACUUUACAAUUAAUGGCCACUUUCUUCUGUCCCCAAGUUGGCCAUAGGUGGCCAUUGUAGAGGAUUCAACUGUAAUAGUCUUGCUCAGUAAAAUGAGACCAUUGCCUGAUGAAGACCCGCAGUAGGCAGUCAAAAUGACGCGAUCAAGAACGUUAUCAAUAAAGUGACCCGGGCUGUCAUAAAGUUUUCAAGCAAGUUUUAAUAUAACAAAUAAAGUUGUUUAAAAUUGACAGCCAGUUCUUAAACCCUUUAUAGGCAUAAUAUUUCACUGCAGUUUUACAACACUGAAUUAAUUACUUCGUUAUAGGGAACUCAACAAUGUGAGGAUGUUAGCGGACAACAGGACAGCACAGAAGAGAGACCUAUGGGGGUAUUAUAUAAAGGCAUUGUUACUAACAAUUCAUCGCAGCAAUUAUUGUUAAUUGUCUUUAAACAACUAUAGUGGCGUCCUGAUUUUUCAAACCUGUUAAGUGUGUGUGUGUGUGUGGGGGGGGGGGGGAAGGGGGUGAAGCUUUCAGGAAAUUUGAAAAAUGGGCAGUAAACUUACAGUGCUUCACAGGAGAAAGAAAGUCAGAAAUGCAAUUUCCUUUUUUUGUGAAAAAGCUUGGUCUAUAAAGGAUGGAUUUUAUGGCCAGAAGAAUUUUUUUCUUUGAGGGAACAAAGUGGGAAAUCCCAAGCAAGAUGUAUUGUACAUGUAGUCCAGUGUUCUCACCAGGAUUUUGCCUUGGGGAGUCCCAGGGCCCCCUCUUCUGAGAAAUAGGGGCCCUGUAAGAACAUUAGGGGGACGAAGUUACAAAAAACACGCGGUACGAAGAACCUGAGCCCGCACUCCAAAUUGUCUGUUACAUGAAGUACCUACCUGAUCCAAUAUGGCGGAAGAGGUGUUUUACGAUUCAGAGGGGCUCAUGGGACGAUGUAGUGGGACUUAUGGGACCAAUGAAAGUAAAGGCAACAAAAUUAAAGACUUUGACUCAUUUGAUAUCAUGUUUUUUAUUUAUUCAAACAAACAGAAUGCUUUAGUGUUAGGUUGACCAUUAAAACUACUUAAGUCCGUUUGACUCGUAGCUUGCCCCUGCGCCCUAACGGGCGCAUCUUCUUGGUUUUAAUGCGCCAUUUCAGUUUUUCUUGCGGGAAUCCCGCAAGGCCGCGGCCUGGUGAGAACACUGGUAGUCUAUCUUUCCCAAAAGCCAUUCAAGGAUUCCCUUUAGUUUGUCAGUCACAGAGUUGCAUUGUAAUCGGGAUCACUUCCUUCGUAAUUAAGCGUUGUUUAAUUCUAUUUUCUGUUUGCAGGAUAAUUUUUAUUUGUGAACUGUCAGCCUUUGUCAGCAUUGUCCAUGACAUUGUGAUGAGAGUCAGUAAGUAUUGCAGCAUAAUUAUUAUUAUUGAGCAGUAAUAGUAAUUUUACUUUUAUAGUCAAAGUAAGUGGCUAAGAAUCAUUCAAAACUGUGUCAACAAGGAACUGCAUUGUCAGGGUGGGGGGAGGAAGGAAAAAAAGAGGUCGAAAAAUCAACCUUCCCAACACUUUUGACGAUGAUUGUAGCUUUGAACAACUCGGCCCAGCAACUGUGUUCUCUGUAGAGUUCCUUACAGAAUAAUAUUAGUGGAGUGAAUUUGAUAAAAGAUCAAUGCAUUAUUUCCUUUACAAUCAUUUUAUUAAGUCUUAUUACCUAUUAUUUCCCAUUAAUUUCUCAUUACCUCUGGAUCAUGUAUGGACAUUGUUGGGAGAAAAUUGAUGUUGUUCACUGGUGGGACUUAAAGGUUAAAGACUGUCAGGAACACCACAGAAAUCCAGAUCCACGAAAAGCUGAGAUUUUAGAUUGGCCAUUUAAUUGUGAAACCUUUGUGGCCACCAGUGUAACAGUUAUUUAACUUGGAUGUAGACAUGCAAUGUCGUAAUAAACUAAAUUUGUCCGUUAUUCAUUGUAGAAGCAAUUUCGUGUCAUUGUCACUUUUGAUGAACAGUUUGACUUUUUUUGCAGCAGGACCAGAGAAUCAAUGCCAAGGAAUUUUUGUGAGUUAAAAGAAAUAAUUUAUUCUUGUUGUUUGCUUACAGUGAAAAAAUAUUAUCCUGCCCUUUUGGUUACAUUAUGUCUUUUGGAGGUUCUACUCUAUUGAACAACAUUUCAAAGUGUCUCCUAUUAUUUUAAACUGAAGGUUUUUUUCCUAAGGCAAUAUUCAUCUUGCUAAUCACCAUAUAUAAUUAUAAUAACUUAUUGGAAAGACUAGUUAAGAGAAGACAUUGGUGUUUAAUUUGAUACUCCUGGCAAACAUCAUAAGAGAUUGUUGAAUGGACUAGUUGGAUUGUUUUAAUAGCUUCCCACAUUCUGUUGGUCAACUCUUUGUUAUCCUAGCUUGUUAUUAAUUGGUGUGAUGGGAUAAUUAUAUGGACAUGGGUACAGAGGUUGAGAAUUAUCAUUUUUCGGCAGUAGCAAGUCUUGCAAAUCCAAGUUACUGUUUAAUAUGCUUUUAGCCCGAGAAAACAGUCAAUACAGUCGACUCUCUCUUAACGGACACCUCUAUAAGACGGACACCUCCCUAAAACAGACACCUAGAGUUGGUCCCUUCCUUUCUUUACUCCCUUUAUUUGACUCUCUAUAAGAGGGACAUCUCUCUAAGACAGACACCUACUGCUGGUCCCAAAGGUGUCCGUCUUAGUGGGAGUUGAUCGUACUUCAUGAUGCCAGUCCUGGUUAUCCCCUCCAAAUGAUGUCUGAGAAACGAGCGCAUACUGACGACAUGACACUGAUAUGGAAGUGCUUCCUAUUGGUUGAAGCAAAUUUGUAGCCUAUCAGAAGCACUAUACCCAGAUCAGUAUUACAACAUAUGUAUGGAAUUUCUGCACUCGUUCCUCUGACUUCACAAGGAAACAAUGUUACUGGAUGGCGUCGCAAAAUGUUGGCUGUCUUCACUCUGGCUAAUGUGUUCUCAUUCUACUUCCAGUCAACAAAUGCAGCGGGCUAUACAGCAGUUUACAUCACUGUCAAUGUGAGUUACAUUAAUUUAAUGUUCUUUAUUUGUCUGAGAUGUAGUGUAACUUCUCACAUAUUAUGAUUAUUGUCAUUGUUAUUUCCUUUAAGUUCAUGUCAUAGUCCAACAUAAUAGCUAGAUCCAUUCCUCAGGGAUAGUGCCUUUCUUAGGGAUGCCACUAAGAGCUGGCAGCCAGCUAAUUUCGCUGGGUAAUUUUGAAUGUGCAGUUGAGUUAGAAAGCCUACUUAGUUUUUUCCAUAGUAACGUACCUGCUUUCUUAAGAUAUGAGAUAUUGACAUUGCAUGAUUUUCUGUAGUCCAUGUAUUUUGAUGUUUUGUUGUUGGGUGGGCCCGUAGUAUUUCUGUUAUUCUUUUGGCUUUCAUUUCUCACAUUCAUUCAAUCUCAAUCUUAAUCUCAAGGUCCUUAUAUUUCGAUAGUUUUUCAGUGACUUUUAUUGGGGUGCUCCCUUCAGUUGGGAUAGUUAUGUGAAUGAGUAGGCAGCUUUUUUCUGUUUUGCUCUUGAUGAUGAUGUUGUUGGUCUAUAAUAGCCUUUAUCUCAUGAUCUCUUUGGCUUGUCCCACAAGAUUGUGAUAAGAUUUUUUCUCUUACUACUUGUGCCAUUUGUCUUUUCCAUCAGUGUUUUAAGAAUUCUUUGCAGAUGUUCCAGUGUAGUUAUUUGGUGACCUUGUCAUCAUCGUUAUCAAUAUUAAUAUUGUUACAUGUAAAUACGUGUGUAAAUUAAAUAAUUAUAAAAUUAUUUUUUUUGCCUCAGAUUGUUAGAUGGCUGUUACCACUGUGGGCCAUGGCAGCAAUAUUUGACACAGAAAACAAUGAGUGCAGUCAGGAUGAUUAUGUGGCGCCUAUAUUUGCCGUGACAGAUAACUCAGGGGUGGGUACUCCAGCCAUUAUUUUUGUUCAUAUUAUUGUCUACUAAUGACACCUAAACACUUUCUAUUUUUGUCAAAUUUAGAGCAUAAGACGUACAUGUGCCAUUGUGGGGUGUUGUAAUUCUCCUGCCUUGUGGUACAUAUACAAACCUUGUCCCUGCGGCUUUUCCCUUAAAAAAUGGGUGCGGCAGGAAAAGGCCCUGGCAUCGGCUGGUCACGUGUCCCCUUGUACACCCAAAAAUCCUGGGUGUAAUAAAUUAGAGCUAUGUGAAAAGCUAAAAUUACCGGUAUGCUUAACCUCACAGCACGCGAUCUUGGGCAGCCUUUGAUAUGUCUUGAUAAUUAACGAAAAGUUUUUAUAAGAUUUCCUUUUUGUCACAGAUACUGGCCAUGGUAAUUUUUUGCUUUCCUCCGAUUUCUAUGAAGGGGACAGCGAGUAACAUUUGUAAAACUUCUGUUUAUAGAGCGGUAUAUCGAGGUAUAAAUGACAAACAAGCUAUCAUAUAUGCAUAAAGUAUGUGCUGGAAAAGUCUGCUUUCCCAACUUUGAUGAUAUUUUAUUUCAUUUCUUGCGAAGUGGGUCUCCGUACACAGCCUAGUUCUAUAUAUAUUCACCUUACCACUCAGCCAUAUCACGACACGCGACCAGUGUACACGUGUACGUGUACACAUGACCAGCCUAUGGCAGAGCCUUUUCCCACUGCACCCAUUUUUUAAGGGAAAAGCUCUGGGGAUGAGUUUGGCAUGUACAGAAACCAAUAAAUUACUAAUUUGUUGUACACCUUUUUAUUUUUUGUUUUAUGUUGCUCUAAGAAAUCUCACAUGAAAGUGCUUUUUCCUUAUGAGGUUGUUUAUGAAAUGAUAAGAAUUAAUUCAAUGUAUUCUGUAGGACUUGGUAGCGUACCAUCUUUACUUACAGUUCAUUUAGAGUUGCAACACAAUGCCAACUUUGAACAACAGAUAGUGCAAUAUAAAUGGCUUUUUUUAGCACCUAUCCUCUGGGUUGUGUCUUAUCUUCAGGAUACCUCUAUUCAAAGCAACAAAACCUAAGGCCUGAAAAAUCGUACAAAUCUUUGCCUUAUAAUUAUGCAGAACACGAUUUUACAAGAUAUUUAUACCCCCAACUAGGUGGUUUUUCUGUUUUUUGGAGGGGGGGGGGGGGGGGGUUGGGAGCGGUGGGAGGGUUUACCACACAGAAGUAUCCUUUAAGAAAACGAAUUGUAAAGACUUUUUCCACUCUUACUCUUGCUUGAGGAAUUUCCAAGGACAUUCUGUACAUGUAUUACUCAGGAAUAUUUCUUUCCUGUUUUUGUUAGGUUGUCUGUCUUAGAAUGGGAGUUUAGUCUCUUGCCCUCCCCCACAGACAUCCUGUUACCCUCAUUAUUUAAUAUUGGGAAACUGGAAAACUGUUGUGAAGUAAAAAAAUAAUUAUCAGUAAAGUAACAAUGAUAUGGCAUCUUCCUUUGACAUGUUUCUGUUAGAGUAUGAGAGGUUUGCAAGUUUCAACCAGUCAGUUAAAAAAUUCUAAUUCUUACUAUUGACUUGUUUUAGCACUUCACAUCAGAAUUUCGCCCCAGAGGAAACAGUUUCCACUACAAGCAUUUGCAUGAUGGUGUUGAUGCUGCUGACCGACCCCUCAUUCCACCUUUUGCGUCCCGCUCCAAAUCCCUGUCAAGCAUGGGUUCAUCUUAUGGAUCAACAAUCCAAGGUUCCAGAGGCUCCUAUGAUAGGUAUCCGCCUAUUUCGUAACAGUGUACAGUAUUCAAAAAUGGAGUCUUGAUCCACAGAGUAAAAUGCAAUACAGCAACAGAGUUAGCUUGCUGUAGAAGGGUAGAAUUUGAUAGCCCUUUGUGUAGUGUCAUUUAUUGUCUAAAAAUCUUAGGUUGUAAAGUGCUGAAGAUGUUGAGAACUGUUGCUGUUGGCUCCUACAGCAUACAAGCUGUCUUGCCAAGACUACAGCAAUAUACUGCAGUGUACAUACACAUGCGUCAGCAAUUCAGUUAUUGAAAUGCUCUUAUCAUAGCAGUCAGCAUAUUCAUAUUCUGCUCAUUACUUGAGAUUAAUUUUAUCUUAAUUUUAUUUCAAAUUGUGAAAUCAUUACAUGGAAUGAAAACUCUAUUUUCAAAAUUAAUAAUGAGUCCACAAAGUGAUUAGGUCAUAUUUUUCCUAAAUUUAAGGAGAAUGAUCUGGGAGUAUUGAGUGCUAUAAUAUUAGCACCACCGUCAAGGGAAAUUAAUGUUAACCUCUAGAUUUAAAGUCAAUGUUUUUGUUUAUUAUAAACAGCUGUAAAUUUUAUUAAUGGUGGCCCUUAAAAUGGAAUUUUUACUUUGUAAAUACACAAUGCAGUUACAUAUGUGCAUAAAAUAAUAUGUGUGUUCCCUUUCUAUGGGCCGUACUGUACUGUGCCUUUUGCAAAAAUAAAUCUAAUAAUAACAAUCCCAGGCAAUAAAAUGGUCAAGAAUGGCAUAAGAAUGAGAUACAUAUUUUUGCAGUCAGCAACUUAAAAACUCAUAAUUCAGUGUAUUGAACAUAAUAUGCCAAAUUUGAUAGAGCACCAAAUAUUUAGUCCUAAGUAGCACCAAAAAGUAAAGAACCUAAUGGAGUAACAAGUUUUUGAAAAGAAGCUUGGUUUUUAGACCUUCAGUAAAAUAGACUUAAGAAAAAGAAUAACAUUGCCAAUAUAACACUACUUCAGUUAACGUAUAGUACAGACAGCACUGUAACCCUGUGUUUUUGUUGGGACUGUCAAUGAAUUUGUAAAUUGUGGUUUUAUUAUUUAUUUGUUAAAUUAAACCAAAGUCUGUGUAACCAGCUGCAGUGGUUUAUAUCUUAUAAAUAUAUUGUAGAGCACGAGAACUGUGAAAAAUAUAUUAGGAAACAUACAGAACUUUUUGUUGAUGUACUUUGUGUAGUUUUAUAAUUUCAGGGAUUGAGUAAGGUUUUGUGAUUGAUAAUCUUAAACUAAUUAAGAAUGAUUUGAUUACUCCCCUGCCAGCUUAUCGACGAUCAGUUUAUCAGAAAAUGAAAAUGCAGAAAAAAAUAAUAAUAAUCUGUGAGCAAAAUUACGCUGUGCUUACUGAAACAUAAUAUUUUAGUUUUGUUCUUUUUGUGUGUGUGACAGUACAGUGGAGAAUUG